AUGUUCGCUCAGCCAUUUGACCAUUCGUUCAAUGACAUCUUCAACCAAUACGUUGAUGUGGAUCCCUCGGGCCCCGAUGGCAACAAAGACUCCUUCUCGGGUGACUUUGAUCAGCUCUUCCCGCUUGACUCGCUAUCGAGCGACUGUGGCGAUCAUUCCCCCACUGGAUCCACUUUGAAGCGCCAUCAAUCACCGCAACCCUGGACUAAAGAGUGGUCCCUGCAGGACGACGGGGCUCAGUUCGCUUUUCAAGACACCAUUCACCCCUCUGCAAUCUCAGACUUUGGUCUGAAUAAUAAUUUCGAGGUUUCUUCCGGCCCUGCAGCAACAAACGGCAAUUCCUCAACUUCCCCAUCUACCCCGCCGGCUACUCCCCGCCGCAAAGUUACUAAGAGUGCGAUCGUCACUCCCAAGUCUAUCCGCCAUCGCGACCCGAAUGAGCGUCGCGCAUUGCUGCGCAAGCAAAGCUUCUCCCCCAGUUUGUUACGCUCUUCCAAUCUUGUUAAAGGAAGAAUGGCAUACCCAGAGGCCUGGGCCCAACGGAUCCAGAGCUUUACUCUGACCGGCUCAGAUGGCCAUCUUCCUUUGUCGCCCCCACCUUCGGAUGUUCUGGUUCAACAUGAGAACCUUCAUACAGACACUAUGAGCCACCACAGAGACUCAACUGAGAUGCCCACUCAGUUCUUUCAACAAUCGCCUGCUGUUUCUAUGCCUUCACCUUCUGUUGGUGCACUUGCACGACACCAACAACAAUAUAUGAGUCACCCAAGCUCCUCUGGAUUGACCGACUCAAGCCCUCCAUCUGCAGAUGAUAUCUUCUCCUCAUCACACUCCUCAGAUCCCCAGUCUAUCUCCUCAUGGCAGUCUGAUGCUCUUGGCACCUCUUCCCUCUCCUUCACUCCCGAUCUACAAGCACAUGAUCAGGCCUGGUGGUCAUCGCCCAUGCCUUCCCGAGUCGUACAACAGCAGAACUCUUACCAAACAAUGACAUCUCCGGCCCAUCAGCGCUCAAUGCAAGGUGUUGCAUCCCAAAAUGAUAUGAUGCAAGGCGGACUGAUGAUUAAAAUGGAUCCGUCAUUUGAUAUGUCGGCCGAAUCUUCCUUCUCCAACAACAUGAUCCCCACCAACUCUCAUACAUUCAUGGCACCUGCCACCGCCCCUCAAGUUCACACUUCCCACUCCCCAUCAUUAUCUCCCAAGACUGGCUCAUCACCAAAGAAAGCCAGCCACCGCCGCACGCACAGUCGCAAGCUCUCAGGGCAGAGUAUGAAUGGCCCUAAACCGGUCAAGUCCACAAGUCCCCGAGGGGCUAACAAAGCUGCAAAUGUAUCAUUUGUCAACUUCACUGCCCAUGACAGCCAAAAAAUCCUCACUGGUGUUGCGCCCUCUGGAAGCUCCAAGACAAAGGCCCGUCGGGAACAAGAGGCUCGUGAUAAGCGCCGUAAGUUGAGUGAAGCUGCUCUUAUGGCUGUCCGUAAUGCAGGUGGUGAUGUCGAGGCUCUCGAGGCUGUCUUCUGCUGA